AACAGCUCACAGCUACCCAACACCACCGAACCAUCUCCAACCAUCGAACCGGGCCUCAAGAUCGUCACCUGAGCCCAUCAUGAACACCACACGCUUCUUCCGCCCGCUCGCCAGGGCUGCCUUCCGUCAACCCGCCGCCGUCCGCCCUUCGGCCAUGAUGGCCCGCCCGGCUAUCGCCGCGACUCAGAACAAGGAGACCAAGCGCGAGAUGCCCAACAACCAGAUGGUUAUCCUCAAGUCGGCCAUGCCUCAACUCAUUCCCUUCUUCUUCGUCAAUGAGGUCACCGUCGCUUUCAUCCUCCUCCCCUCCCUCAUCUACGUCAUGUCCAAGUACCUCCUUCCCCAGCGCGUUCGCCUUUUCGCGGCCCGCCUUUUCAUCAGCAAGCUAUAGAUUUCGCGAAUC